ACUGCAGAAGGGGGGGAGGGGUCACUUUCAGCUCUAAGAUACAGCAACUGCUGCUACCGAAGGCAUAGAAAAUGGUGCAUUUGUAAUGAAUACAGCAUCUUGGGAUCAAGGUGAUUCCCCAUGGAACCUCAUGGACAUGUGGAACUGUACGACACAGACUUUGUCCAAAAUGGCCGGGCGGUUACUGUCCUGUGGGCAUCCUGUACCCUCUUCCUGGGCAUCUUGGAGAUUGUGGUGCUCCUGCAGCCUGCCUGGGUUUUAGGAGGGGAUGGUAGUGGGCAGUUUGGACUUUACCAGGUGUGCGAGGAAUUAGAUUGGGGCACCGAAUGCAGGGGACCCCCAGCUGCUCUGGAGGCUCUCCCUCCUUUCCAGACAGCAGCCGGGUUCAUGGUUGGAGCUCUGUUGCUGGUUCUGUUCAGCCUGGCUUGCAUUGGACUGUUGUGGUUCUGUAACUCAGGGACAGUUUUUAAGCUGUGUGCCUGGCUUCAAAUCAGUGCAGCCUCGUGCCAAGCUUUGGGUUGCAUCCUCUUCCCUGAUGGAUGGGAUUCUGCUGCCGUCCAGCCAUUUUGUGGCUACCGCUCAGACAGAUAUGAGCUGGGGACGUGCUCUGUGCACUGGGCAUAUAUAUUGGCCAUACUGGGAAUAUUUGACUGUCUUAUUCUGUCUGUACUGGGGUUCACCCUUGGGAAACGCCAUGAUGCCCUAAAUCCCAAUGAGGUCCAGUACCCCACUAAAGGUUUCACAUCGGAAACCCUGUGACCGCCAGUGACAGCAAGAAGCAUUUGUUUCCACUGUGAUGGUGUUUUUUGUUAAACAGCAAACUUAUUGUUUUAUGUAUUGUAUUUAUUUUUUGUGCAAUAAAAAUAAAUGAAAAGUGUGAAUUGUA